CUUGAUUUCGCCAAAUCUAAAUUCUUGUUUUUAUUUGUACCAGCUAUUGUCAUCCGAAUAAGUUGUGAUUUCUGAAAAAUCUAGAGUUUACUGCUUUAUUUGCCUUAUCAUGUUAAUUUCGCAAUUGAUAUAGCAUUUUGUGUAAUACUUGUGAUGUUCAGAGGCUGUAUGGGCCUUUCUUUCUUUUUGUUUUGAAUAAAUAAUUCGAUUGUAAAUGUCCGUGUCUUUGUGUGUCCUACGUAUUGAAAUCGACGAAGAUCUGCCUGAAAUGGGCGAUAAUCCCACUGAAAUGGCUGCCAAAGAACAGAAGAAGAGGGACCGGGGCGCGAGGGAGUCAAAGACCAUCACAGUAGAGACAUACGCUAGUGUCCUCACAGGACCCAACACGGAUACUGGGAUAUUACCUACCAGCACGAGGCGUUCUCCUCCUGAGAACAGCAUUUCUGAAGAAGAGGAUACCAUAAGCUUUUUCUGUGGCAACCCUCUUGUUGAAGUUACUAAGGGUAUCCUGCAUCUUUACAAAGAAAAUGAAAUGAAGGAGGCUGAAGAAGCUAAGACUCUCUGCUUGCUGUCUGUGCCUGGAGCACUGGGGGCUCCAGACUUGCUGGCCUUCGCAGCAGCCUGCCAGCAGGAUAUUGCUCAUGUGAGGGUGCUGCGAGAUGGAUCUCCAGAUCACUACAUGGCAUUGUUUACUUUCCGCACGAGCGCGGCGGCGCGCGAGUUCCACGAGACGUUCGACGGCGUGCCGUACAGCAGCCUGGAGCCCGGCGCGCUGUGCCACAUGGCGUGGGUGUCGCGCGCCGACUGGGGCCGCACGGGGGCGGCGCCGCCCGCGCACACCGAGCUGCCCACGUGCCCCGUGUGCCUGGAGCGCAUGGACGAGAGCGUGGCGGGCGUGCUCAGUGUGCAGUGUGCCCACGCCUUCCACGCGAGCUGCCUCGUGCGCUGGCGCGACGCGCGCUGCCCCGUGUGCCGCUGCGCGCAGACCCCCGAGCCGCGCGCCCGCGCCGUCUGCUUCCAGUGCGAGCGAGCUGAAGAGGAUGGUGACGAGACGCGGGAGAACAUCAGCGGCGUGGCGGAAGGCUUGCUGGACGGCGUGGACGCCGGCACGCUGUGGAUCUGUCUCAUCUGCGGGAACGUGGGCUGCGGCAGGUACGAGGGCGGCCACGCUGCCAAACAUUUCUUAGCUUCCAAUCACACAUACGCUUUGCAGUUGGGCUCCAACCGAGUUUGGGAUUAUGCUGGUGACAACUUCGUCCACCGCCUAGUUCAAAACAAAGCAGAUGGCAAGCUGGUGGCCGCUGAGGGAGGUUUCACCUCCGAAGACUCGGCGUGUGGGGGGGAGAAGCUGGACUCAGCACAGCUCGAGUUCACAUACAUACUGACGCAGCAGCUGGACAGCCAGAGGAUGUUCUACGAGGAGAAAAUGAACAAAAUGGAAGCAGAGCACAUAGCAGAGACUGAAAAGCUCCGCUUCAGGGCGACAGAAGCGGAGGCGACCUCCUCCAAGCUGAGUGAACAAGUCUCCACACUCACCAAGGAAAACAAAACCUUGGAGAGGAAACUGAACCAAGUUACUAACAAAUUAUCAGUACUACAAAACGAGUUGUCUGAAGAGAGAGGCUUGGCAGCAGCUUUAGCCAGCAGUCAGGCGGAAUGGCAGGCCAGGGCUAAAUUACGUGAAGAGAAUUUCGUUAAAGAGGUAACAGAACUGAAAGAGCAGCUUCGUGACGUGAUGUUCUUCGUGGAAGCUCGCGGACAGCUGCAGACACAAGCCGGCGCGUCUCGUGAAGAGAUCGCCGAUGCUCAGGUCACGGUGGCCGCGCCGCCCAAGCCCCGCAGGCGACGCCGGUAGGCAGACUUCAGUGAUGCUCCCAAUAUGAUAUCUGUCUGUGGAUUUGGUUACUAAAGAUAGUUUGACAUUAGCCCCAUAUAAAAUAAUAAAAUAAAAAUAAAAUUCAUUUAUUUCAGGUAAGAAACCCAUAAUAGAAAAAGAUUAAAGGAAACAACAUUAUACAAUAAAUUUACACAAUUACAAAAUUAAAUUAAUUAAUUACAAAGUUAGAAUUAAAUUAAUUACAAAAUUAAACUACAUUACAUUAAAUUCAAUUCAAUAGUUAUACAUAUACAUAUAUCACAACAAAAAUAUCAGAUAUCACAAAUAUCAAAUUUGCAGCAAUCAUACACACCCCGGAUAAUAAUAUUUUUAGAAGCCCGUAUACGGUUCAUGAAGGAGGCAGCCCGUUUCCUCAUCACUGCAUAAAAGUCAUCUACCCUGUUCUCGGCGAACAUGCCAGACGCACUACACCUCCACGGCAGGUUAAGCAUAGCUCUGAACGCAUUAUUGUACCGCACGCGUAGCAUAUAAGUGAGGUUAAACUUCUUUCCCUAGGAACCAAACUACAGACGAUAAAAUAUUAGGAACCGUUAGUGUACUACGCUUAUGUGAUGCUACAGAUUAUGUUUUUUAACAGUGCUCAUCAGAAGUUGGUUAUUUAAGGUUUGUUUAGUAAUGUGAUGGUGUGAGAUAAGUUAUUCAAAUUAUUUGUUCAUCGGAUUUUUAUGGUGAAAAAAAGUUUUGGAAUUAUUGGAUAAUUCUCCCGCGUAUUUAAGCAUAUUGCCCAUGCGUAACAAAGUUUAGAUUAAUUUUAAAUUUUUAAUACAUAUUUUGGGCCAUUACUUCAAUAGAAUAAUGUGAUGUUUAAAAGGUCUCAAUGUUGGAAAGUAGCUUUCACAUAAGCCUAGUUAUUAAAUAUGUACAAUUAAAAUGUGGCUAAAAUUUUGGAUUUUUCUUACAAAAACCAAAAGUUCUAAUAAUAAAUGUUGUAUGUUGUUCACCGAUUCAGUAAGUUUCAAUGGAAACUUAAUAAUAAGUCUUCUCUAAAAGUCGCUACUCUGUGUUCACAAUAACGCUAUCUCGUUUUAUUCGAAUAAGAAAACAAAGAUGGCAGAUAUUCCAAUUUUAAAUUAGUGUUGUCACAUUUUGUAUUAUGAGGGUAUGCAAGCAGCUCUUUUGUCUCGACUGCUGCAAAUCACUGUGAUAAAUGUUCAUAGAUUGUAAGUGAAAAUAUUAUUUCUAUGUAUUUUGUGUCUUAAUGUAUGUGCUUACAGGUAAUAAUGAAUCUAAGGAUUUGUGUUGUAAAACUGGUAGCACUUGGCAAAUUGUAGAUCUAAAACAUUUUAAUUACUCUAUGGUUAAUAAAGGUGAUUUUUAUUGAA